UAUAGUUUGUCUUGGCUGACAUGCAAUUUGUUUCUGCAGAUUCUAAAUAUAUUAACUUCCUCUAGAGAGCUGAUGGACUUUCUUCACAAAGUGGAUACUGCUUAUCAUUCUAAACAGUCACGACCUUUUUCGUCAAAUGUUGAUAACAUACAUAAAUAUGUCCCCUCAAUUCGUGAACAGUUGCAGGAUUGGGAGGAUGGUCUAUGUGAGAAUGAUGCGGAUGGGUCCUUCUUACAUGAGAACUGGAACAAUGACCUAAGACUUUUCAGUGAUGGCGAGGAUGGUGCUCCUAAAUUACUACAGCUGUUUGUUUUACGAGCGGAGCACGAGAUCCAAGCCGCCUCUGGCGACCUCCAAAACUUAAACUCCAUCAAAUCUAAAAUGCAUAUCCUCUUCGGUGGCUCAAUUAGAGCUUCAUCCCGCUCUCCCAUUCCUUUAACGGAACCUCUUGAUACCCAGCAGGAUCGCACUGAAGUCUUCACCCCCAAGCAUCCAGGUAUCGGGAGCCGAACUUGGGCUGACGUGCACUACAAAGGCGACUGGAUGAGGCGACCCAUCUCAGACAACGAGGUUGCAUGGUUAGCUCGGAUCUUGAUCAGACUAUCUGAUUUCUUGAACGAUUUCCUAGGGUUAGAUCAUCGGGUUUGCAAUGGUGAACCCGAUGGUCCCAAUUUUGUGGAUGUUCCUCGUGAGUCAGGUUAUGUUGGUGGAUCGAAGGAAGCUAUGGCUAUGGUUUUAUCCUACAUUGGUUCUUCAGUCAGCUGGACGGUGAAGUUUAUGAGAGGGCGUGGGAUGAGGAUAAAUUUGAGGGUGUUGGCCUCCAAGAAAUUUGUUAUGGUUUUGGUUGCUUAUGUUGUCGUCUUUGUUUUGAAGAAGGCUCUGUUUUCGUAAUUAUUUUGUCUCUUUGAUUACGACAACUUAUGUACAGUUCCAGAGGAUGCAAAGGGGGUGAAACUAAUGUGGGUUGGAAAUGGUUGAAAUCGUCAAAUACUAUUUUAUAGUUGAGAAUGGAAGUGAUAUAGCUAACAUUGUGUGAAUGUGUUUUUGGUAGUAUUUGGGCUUAUUAUUCUGUGCGUGCCGUGAGGCGCACGUUUAUGUGCA